GAACGCAAAUUCCGCGGCUCCAGAGAGCUGGGGAGGCGGGCACUGCGCGUGCGCAGAGGUGUGGUCGGGAAGGUGAGCUGAGGCUGGAGUUGGGAACGCGGCGCCUGUGAGGCCAAGAUGUGCCAAUCAGAAUCCUUAUCCAGAAUUUUUGAACUGAAACUAAGAAAAAAAUCCCUUUCCGGUGUGGAAGCCAUUAAAUGUAAAACAGGAGCUGUCAGCAGCCAAAUGUCCUGCCAUGUGGAACCAGCUGGUCUGCAAUGAAAAAGAAUGAAGCCAACAUGCAGAAAACAACAGAGAUUUUGAACCCAGUUCAUUCAAGCUUCACAACGAUGAAAAAGUAGAGACCAGUGACAGUGCCAAGAGAUGGAUGGUAUGGGUGAGGGAACCAUGUGUGCUCAGUACUGCAUCUCCUUUGCUGAUGUUGAAAAAGCUCAUGUCAACAUCCAAGAUUUUAUUCACCUCACACCAGUGCUAACAAGUUUCAUUUUGAAUCAAGUAACAGGGCGCAAUCUUUUCUUCAAAUGUGAACUCUUCCAAAAAACUGGAUCUUUUAAGAUUCGUGGUGCCCUUAAUGCAAUCAAAGGCUUGACUCCUGCCACCUCAGAAGAGAAGCCCAAAGCUGUGGUUACUCACAGCAGUGGAAACCAUGGCCAGGCUCUCGCCUAUGCUGCCAAAUUGGAAGGGAUUCCUGCUUAUAUUGUGGUGCCCCAAACAGCUCCCAAUUGUAAAAAAUUGGCAAUACAAGCCUAUGGAGCCGCCAUAGUGUACAGUGAACAGAGUGAUGAGUCCAGAGAAAAUGUUAUAAGAAGAAUUAUGGAAGAAACAGAAGGCAUCAUGGUACAUCCCAACCAGGAACCUGCAGUGAUAGCUGGGCAAGGGACAAUUGCCAUGGAAGUACUAAACCAGGUACCCUUGGUAGAUGCGCUGGUGGUACCUGUAGGAGGAGGAGGGAUGGUUGCUGGAAUAGCAAUUACAGUUAAGGCUCUGAGACCUACUGUGAAGGUAUAUGCUGCUGAACCCCUGAAUGCAGAUGACUGCUACCAGUCCAAGCUGAAAGGGGAACUGACUCCUAAUCCCUAUCCUCCAGAAACCAUAGCAGAUGGUGUCAAAUCCAGCAUUGGCUUAAACACCUGGCCUAUUAUAAGGGACCUUGUUGAUGAUGUCUUCACGGUCACAGAGGAUGAAAUUAAGUAUGCAACCCAGCUGGUGUGGGAGAGGAUGAAACUGCUUAUUGAACCUACAGCUGGUGUUGGAGUCGCUGCUGUGCUGUCUCAGCAUUUUCAAACAGUUUCCCCAGAAGUAAAGAACAUUUGUAUUGUGCUCAGUGGUGGAAAUGUAGACCUAACCUCUCUAACUUGGGUGAAGCAGGCUGAAAGGCCAGCUCCUUAUCAAUCUGUUUCUGUUUAGUUUAUGCAAAAGAGAUGGCAUUCAGUAUCU